CUGUGUAAUGUAAACCUAGCAAAAACUGAUCCCCUCCCUCCCUCCCUCCACAACAAAACAAAUCUGCUCCCCCCUUCCCCUUCCUCCCCUCCUCUCUCCUCCCCUCCUUCCAUCGCCGGCGCCGCACCCUCCAAUUCCGCCAUGCCGAAGGGCGCCAAAAAGCGCGCGAAGCUCAAGAAGAAGCAGCAGGGGGGCCAGCCCGCCGGGUCCAACGGCGGCGCCACCACCACCAACAACAACGACGGAAGCAAUAACUCGAGCCACGGCGACGCCGCCAGCGAUGGAAACCACCUACCAAUCAAACUUACCAUUCCUCCCGUGGACGCAAGCGAGGAUUCCAUGGAGAGCUCCGAGGAGAUGGUGACGCCGAGGGCGGAGGUGGCCGACGAGGAGAGCAAGGGCGCCGCGUCGGAGGUGCCGGUUGAGCGCGCCGUCGAGGUCGCCGAUGAGGGCGCCACGGGCGAGGCCGGGGAGGAGGUCAUGGUUGACGCUUUGCCGCCUGAAGCUGCUGAUCCGGAGCAAGAGGGUAAGGUGGACGUGACGGCGGAGGCGCAUGCCGUGGUGCAGGAACCGGAGGUGCAGGACGUCGUGGUGUCCGAAGCACCCGAGGUGCUGGAACCAGAGGUGAGGAGCGAGGAGGUCGUGGUCCGGGACACGGCCAAGGUGCAUCCUGCGCAUCAACCGGAGACGGAGACGAAGGCCGAGGGGGUGGUGGUCAGGGAUACGGACACGGCUGCUGUGGUGCAGGAACCGGAGGCAAAGGAUGAGGUGUCACGGUCUCGUGAGCCAGCUCCUGCGCAGACUACAGAGGUUGUACGGGGACCGGCAGUGGCGGUUGCUGCUGCGGGGCAUCGGGCAAAAUGGUGGAAUUGCUGUGGGAUUUUGGAUGUCUUUGCUGGUUCAGAGAGAUAGAUGCAGUUUCAUGAAAGGCCCUUGUUAUGCUCAGGUACAUGAAUUGGAAGGAACUUGGGAAGCAAGAAGGCAGAAGAUGCAAAGUUGUGCAAAGCUGAUGGGUACUUGUAACUAGGCUCGUUGAGUGCUCACGCAGAAGAUGGAGUUGGAAGGAUUUCGAAUUGACAUCGAGCUGAUGCUUCUCUCCACCCGUGUUUACCGUAUCUUGCUGUGCAAAGUUACAUUGUAUUGGUUGUGGUUAAAAUCCUGGGUGUAGUAUUCUGAAUAUUACCCCCCCUUGUCUAGUGGAGUAUGUUCUAGGUUCUGCUGUCCUUGUAGCAUAUGAGUUAAAAAGUGGGUCAACAGUGAAAAUUUUGGUCUUUACUUUCUAUACUUAUUUGUCGGGAGGUAUCAUCUGUUACGUCCCUUUUAAUGGCUCUGUUACAAUUUGA